AGAGGCGCCUUGGCUGAUAGAAUUAAUCAGGACUCAAAAGGGCAUCGAGAAGAUGUUGUUUAUGUGGAAAACGUUUUCAGCGAACUGAUUGAGAAUUUUUCUAAAAGCGAGCAAGAAUCUUUCAGUUAUACUAAACUAUACGAGGCUUUUCUUCAGGAAGCCAUAAAUGUAUUACAAGACAUACUGCAACAGUAUAAACAAGAGUUGAAUGGUUCAAAUAUAGACUUUUUUUAUACUUUGAUUCUUCCUACAAAUUGGGAUUACAAAACAAGAGAAGACUUGUUCCAGUCUCUAUUAGUAAAAGCUGGCCUUACCCAGCGAGAUGAUGGCCAGGGCAGGUUGAUGAUUUUUUCAGAGUUAGAGUCAACUUUUGAAAUCAUGCAGGCAGAUCCAGAAGUCGCUGAUCAUGUAAAGUUAAAAAUCGGUGCUCAAUACAUUAUAUGUACGCUAAAUUAUCAAAGCACAUGCUCUGUGGAUUUAAAAUUGAUAUCAGCUCAAUAUCCCGCUUUCACAGUAGCAGGAAGAAAAUGGGCCCCACAACUAUUGAAACAAGUUCAUUUUGAAAUACCUUAUGGAUUAAAUGAACGACGAUUGUCAUUAAUAGCAUGUUUAAAAAAACUUUCUGUUACCACGUUAUCAACAGAAUUUAUUGAUGAUAUGCUUGAAAUAAUUGGCCAUGAGUUCCGAGAAACUAGGCGUUCAUUAUUUCGUUCGUUUCAAACCGUUUUAUCCCAUCAGCCAUUUCAGCAUUUGGAAAAUAACCAGGUUAAACUAUAUGGAUUAAAAGAAAAGGAAAUUAGGGCUAUCCAAUCGAUCACUUUAGAAGACAUACUUGAGCAUUUUUCAGGUCCUGCUGAGAAAGUCUAUGGAAAUGAAAUGGAAAAAUUUCUUGCGGGCACAAGCAAUAUAAAAGCCAAGUCGAUGUUUAUCUUUUACACAAAACAAACCCAGAGUAAUCCUGAAUUACUAGGGUUACCAAUGUUAAUUGAAAAGUGGGCGAAAACGUAUAGUGAAAAACAAAUAAAAUCUUACGACUUAAUGGCAAAUAAUGUAAUCUUCAGAUUUGAUAUACUUGACAGGAAUACCCGAAAUUUUGCGAAUAUACAACUUGUAAGAAACCAAAUGCUAGAAUUUAACAUGCGCAGAGACCCUGUUAUACUACCCAAUGAUACAACAAUCAAAACUCCCGGAAGUUGUUUAAAGCCUAUUAUUUUCAUCAAUAUCGACAUAUCUCUUACACAAAUGGAGACUAUGUUAACACAUCUAGAUAAAGAUAGACAAGUUGUACAGAAGCAAAAUAUUGAAUGUCAUAUGCAGCCAUUGAAUAAUUUUAUCACCCAAUCAGAGUUAUACCAAAGACAAACACUUUGUAUAACGAAUAGAUUAAAGCUAGGAUUAGAAAUUAAUUUUGGUGAUUAUCUUAAAAUGUAUUCCAACUACAAAAGACAAAAUUUGAUGAGAAGAAUGCUAGUGAACCCGACAUCCAAAUUACUUAACCGGGCUUUCCGAAACGUGCGAAACAGACAUACUUUAAGUAAUUAUGACAGGAUAAAAUCAAGUCAAAAUAGGCCAAAGGAAAUUAGGAGUUUGUUUGCAUCCUUUAACCCAAAUCUAUUGGAGCAGCUUACAGUAAACCUUGAAAUGGACGAUUUUUAUACGUUGAAAGAUGAAUUUUGUGGUGCGGGAAGUGAGUUAUUUACUACCUGUCAUCCAGGUUAUAUCUUUUUUUUUAUGAUCACAUAUCUGCAUUGCCUCCACAAACAAAUAGAAAAAAAAUUAGAAAGUAAUGUAGGCACCAAUUGGCGAGCCAACAACAUUUGGUAUGGCAUCUCGAUUGAUAAAAACCUAUUGGAUACUGUGUUCGGCUCCAUAAAAAAUUUGGAACAAUUAUUUUUAGCAAGUGGAAUACUUGGGAAGGACGACAAACUUCGAAAGGCAAAAUUUUGCACUCGUGGAGAGGAAAUUCUGCCAGCUAUUCAACAAAAGCUAGUGAAUUUAAAGUUUAGGAUGAAAUCGUUCUUUAUAGUUGCGCAAAUGUCUUCGAAGCAUAUUCAGCUCAGUCUACAUCAAGUUGUCAAGCUAUCAGCAUCUGGAGAAGACGCUGCAUCCAUCGUUAUUCAUGAUAAAAUAAUACAUAUCGAUGAUGUCUUAGAUUCGCUAUGUAAAAAUAUUAUGAAAAACAUGCAAGUCAAUUGUCCAUUUGAUUAUUGUACAACGCACAAGAACGAGGAAGAUGCGCAAUAUGAUUUCCAAUCAUUUGAGACAUUUAGAAAUAUUUAUGAAAAUCUAAAAUCAUGCGUUGUUGAGCUAUUGAAGAAAAACAAAGCAAAUUUGGAUAUGAAUUCUAAACUACAGCUGGAUAUUAGCAUAAAAUGCGGUUGCAGUAUUAACAUAUUUCUUCGUGACAUAAUUGAAGUAGGUCUUACGCCUGUGAUAGAAAAUAUGGCAAUAGAUAUAGUGGCUUCUUUGACCAACAAAGAAUUAUUUGGAAACUAUGCACCGAAUUAUGUUUUUGUGUUUGGAGACCCGUUCAGUCUGACGUAUGGUUCAAUGAUCCACACCGUAUACACCAUGAUAAUGCAAAAAACGAUUGAUGACGGUGUACAUUUUAAAGAGUUGAAUACAAAGACAUCUGUGCUAAAAGAAUCAAUUUUCCAAUUACUGAAUUCGUCUGUGCCUAAAAAAAGGCCAUACAUGUUCGAAAGGUUUAUCACUGGAACUUUGUGCCAAGUACCAAGCAAAACGUAUGCGUUGCGAAUUCUAUGUAAUGAGCCAGGCAUGUCAUACCCUUUCAUCCGAAUAAGCAGUAACGGGGAUAUAAAAAAUACCAUUGCAGGAGAUGGCAGUUACUUUGUAUUUAUUCAGAAAGGCAAGCCACUUUCAACAAAGGGUUUUAGAAUUCACAUAAAUGAAAAACUCGAUGGAUCACCCAUAUUAGAUGUUCUUCAGUUAGAUAGUUCAAGCAGUAAUGUAUCGGAGAAGUACACUUUGUUGCGCUACGACACUCCUGGUCAACAUUUUAUAAUCCAUUACGAUUUUGAAUCUCCUUUGGUCAGAAAAAUAGUAAUAGAAUAUGAACAUAUCAGCGAUCAUUUAUCUAUCAAAAUAUCCAAUGGAUAUAUGGUAGGUAUUAAGAAUUAUUUUAGACAUCCUCAUUACCAAUCCGAAAAUAUCAUUGAGCCAUUAACACUCGCUUAUAUUUAAAUUAUACACAACAUAUGAAUGCUUGAAUAAUAAUAUGCGUAACUUUCUUAAAUCACCUUUUUUUAUUACCACCACUUUUAUUAAAAUAAAACCCUCC